AUGAAAAACCUUCAAUCUAACCAUGCUUUGACAUCACUAGGCAAAUGUGAAACGAAAAGCUUCAAAAUGAGGUAUCUAUCACUUGCUCUAGUCCUGAUGAUGUUGAGCUCUUGCUUAGCCAUAAACAGGAAAGCCCUAAUGGCUGAAAUGCAUGGACACGAGCAGCGGCAGCUAGUUGAGGACGAUGGGGGCAUUGGUUUCGAGUACUCGGGAAGCGGUGUGAACAACCACCAUGAAAUCCAUAGGAAGGACUUUAACAACUACAGUGGUGGUGCCUCUAAAGGUGGUGAUGAUCAUACCAGUGGUGGCGAGACCUAA